GUGUUCUUAUAUUAACAUAACUAAUUCAUAAUUCACAAACCAGCCACCCUCUCUCUCUCACACAAAAAUGAUGAUGUGCCUAAAAGCUCAGGCAGUUAUGCAAAUGCCCACCGGAGGAACCGACUUAUCGUUUUCGCGACACCACCGUCCACACAUGGAGAAAGCAGUGGUUGUGAUGGGCGCUACAGGCACCGGAAAAUCAAGGCUUUCGAUCGACCUUGCCACCCGUUUUUCGGCAGAGAUAAUAAACUCAGAUAAGAUUCAGAUGUAUGAAGGGUUAGAUAUCGCCACCAAUAAAGUCACUGAAGAAGAGUGUCGUGGCGUCCCUCACCAUCUUCUCGGAAUAGUUGAUCCUGAAUCCGACUUCAACGCGGAUAACUUCGUCAGCAGCGCUUCGCUCGCCAUGAAGUCUAUUGUGGGGAGACGGAAGCUGCCGAUAAUCGCGGGUGGUUCGAAUUCGUUUAUUGAAGCAUUGGUUGACGAUGAGAAUUAUGAGUUCCGAUCAAGGUACGACGUGUGUUUCUUGUGGGUUGACGUUGCAAUGCUAGUGCUUGAACAAUUCGUAUCUGACCGUGUUGAUCGAAUGGUGGCUGCCGGGAUGGUAGAAGAAGUCAGAAACAUGUACAGUCCUAAAACUGACUACUCGAAGGGGAUUCGCAGAGCAAUCGGGGUUCCAGAAUUUGAUUCGUAUUUUCGUGCUGAGUAUUCAUCUUCCACUAAUCCAAAAACUCGCGCACUAUUAUUAGAAAAAGCCAUUAAUGAUACAAAGAUUAAUACAUGUAAGCUGGCACGUAAGCAAAUCGAGAAAAUUCACAGACUAAAAGACGUUAAAGGGUGGAAAAUUCAUCGGCUAGAUGCCACCGAAGUUUUGCAAAAAAAGGGUACAGAAGCAGACAAGGCGUGGGAGGAGCUGGUGGUUGGACCUGCGUCACUAAUCGUAAAAGAUUUUCGUUUGAGCAUUGAUCAUUAUCGCGAUUUUGCCACCACGACGGAGAUCAAGGACAUAGGAAUUAGAGAGGGUGAACUGGGGGUAGCGAUGGCAACGGCAACUUAGUAGACAUGGGAAGAACCACGUUAACAAGUUAUAACUUAUAAAGUUAACUUUGGUGUAUGCAAAGUUUUGAAUAGAUAAGCAUAUAUGGUAGCUAAGAGAUUUUACAAUUUUCCCCUUAAAGAUUUGUUUUCUUUUUGAGUAAACGGUCAAAAUGAUCAUUGAGGUUUGGUCAUUUUUUGCACUUUAAUUCAAAAUUCAAACCUUUUGA